AUGUCAUUGUGUUUAAGUGAUCUUGUCAACAUCACAGUCAUGGAGACCACCUGUCCACCUCCUUUGGAUAAACUCGAAUGUAUUUCUAAAGUAGUUUCUAAAGUCCCUGGAGCUUUACCCGCUCUUCGAAUACAAAUAUAUGAAAGAAUGUCAAAGUAUUUGAAACACUUCAUAUCAGACAAUGAAGUUCUGAAUUGUCUUAUUCUAGUUGAUUAUGUCAUUACAAAACAGCCUUCAUUUAGACCACAAAUAUCUCACAUCGACUUCAUUGCAAUGAUUGAAAUCCUUGGCAGAGUUAAAAAACCAUUCUUUUCAGCAAAUAAAGUUCAAAAGAAAGUCCAUGAAAUGGUAUUGGGGUGGGCUGAGAAUUAUCCAACAGAGAUGGCAGAGUACAAUUUGUUAUAUAAUCAAUAUUGUACAGAUGGGGUUGUGACACACAAUAAGACUAUAAAGAAGUUUGACCUUCCUAAGCAAAUAAUAGAAUUAACACCACCUUUCGAACAUUGUCUUCGAGAGGUUCAAGACGCCAUUGCAGACUCAAACACAAGUAAUAUCAAUAAGAUAUACAAAAAUUCAAUGAAAAUCAAUUCAAAGAUGUUGUCUUUAGUACUUAAUGCAAAGUCGGAUCAAAGGUACGACUUACUACAACUGAAGAAUGUAGAAGACUUGUGUACUCAGUUGGAUAAGUUAAAUACGGAGUUGGCCUUUUUGAUCAACUCACGUUGUUCAAAGUGUAUAACAAUUGAGUCCUCUCAUAUGAAUUACUCCGAAGAAAAGUCUCUUAACACCAAACUAAUUCAAAUCACUUCACCAGAUGACUUAUCAACGACUUCUUCAUACACCCCUAAGUUUUUAAUGCAGCCACCGCCUUCAAAAGGAAUUCCUUUAUUUACACCAAAUUCCAAGAGCAUGGUAUCGCCAAGUUCUUUAGCCAUUUCCCAACUUAGUGUAAGUACUUGCAAUGUUGACAGUCCUCGUAAGAGUCCCGUGAAAGAAGUGAAGUAUGUUGUAAACCAAAAUUUGUUCGAGGAAUUUGACUUUGACACUGCUCAAUUCUUCACCAACUGA